AUGUCGAGUGACGAGAGUUUCGAUUUCAUUGAGGAGGACGAUAGUUCAGCCGAGUACGUAGCGGCCCUUCCAAGCGCAGUGCUUAGCGUCCAUACAAAACUACUGAAAAACUUGGACAAUAACCUCAUUGAAUCAACCGAUGACCCUGAGCUCUACAUACGAAUUAAGGUUGGGUCUUUCAUCAAGUCGACUGCCACUGUCAUAGUUGAGAAAGAUGAGAAAAUAGUACUGGAUGAUCUCAAACACUUCUCCAUUAAAGUGUCGAGGAAACGUUCCGACCCGUCAAAUGAGGUUCGUUUUGACUUAGUCCUCGUGGAGAGCCCUCAUGUGCAUAGAAUCGUUGGCCACAAAGACAUGCAUCUGUAUGACAUCAUUAAGAGUUUGUAUGUGGCUGGAUCACACGACCUUCAGUACAGACAUAAAACCAUUGCUGUACUUGAUCUCGAGAUGUGCUUCACUUAUGGCAUAUUCGGGUACGGUUGCUGUCAUCAGCUUAAAAACAGACAAAAGAAGAUUUCAGACAUUGUCAGUCACUCACUUCUCCUUCGAGUUGAACCGCCUGACAACAGAUGCCAGCCCAAUGCCGGCCAUGUGAUGACAUCAAUGCCUAUUGGUCAUCCUGACUUCAUCAACUUCACCGUCAAGAGUGAUCUUGGGUCGUCCACUACCUCUGCAUCAAAUACUCCUGGUGUUUUCAGUGGUUUGAAGAUGCAGGAACCCGUAGUUCUGACUCGUACUAUGAGAAAGAGAUUGAACCGGAUCCAGACGGAUUUUUCCCAGCUUGGGAACCGCGUGCAACGGAAGAGAUUCCUCGAGAGGCUCAUUCUCCAGAACAUUCACGAUCACCAAGCCUUGGAUACUGACUCAACCGCCCCCAACGACAGAGACACUCGGCCAGAAUCAUCAGCAGGACCCGGACGGAUUGGUGAAAAAAAUGAAGACAAGGUUCGCGGGAAUGAUGAAACGUAUGGUACUGACAGCGACUAUGCUGAGUCAGCCACUGACCUGAAUGAAUUGAUGAACGCCAUGUUGAUGAAUGCGCCUGGUCUUGUAAGCAGAGGCACAGCCCGACCCAGACAACCCUCUCUACUAAGCAUUGGAGAGGAAAACUCAGAUACAGAUCUCACAGGUGCCGAACUGACAAAUCCAACAGUUAGUGCCACAGCCACCAUAAGUAGUGCACAAGAAUCAUCAGCAGCCGAACCAAGAGAAAGAAGAAGAAGUACACUCACAGAACUACCAGGGAUGCUGAUCCGAUCCGUUGCCAACCGGAUUAAUUCAUGGAAGUCGAACCGUAACCGGCCCAAUGUGCGAGAGACACCAGUGGUCAUAGCAGAGGGACAACCGUCCCCACAGCCGACUGACUGGAGCUCGUUCUCCAUGGCAAGAUUCAGAAAUCGGAUGGCUAAACAUGACGCUGACUGA